AUGCAUACACCGGGAUCAUCUACAUCCGGUUACGCACUGCUGCUAAUCGUGCAGGUGGUGUUUAUAAUCGUGUUCGGAUUCUGCACCGAUUAUGCUAAGGAAUUAUUGCCCGUUAAAAAUGAAACGGCCAGAGCCUCGACAUCCGAACCCAUGGAGUCAACCCUCCGCAAAUAUCCCCAUUUCCAAGACAUACACGUGAUGAUCUUUGCCGGUUUUGCAUUUCUGAUGACGUUCCUCAAGCGGUACGGUUUUAGCGCAUCGGGACUCAACCUGCUGGUGGCCUCGCUCGUCGUCCAGUGGGCGAUCAUAAUGCGCGGUUGCUACGAGAUGGAGGAUGGUAUCAUACCGAUCUCGUUGCAGAAUUUGAUCGGUGCCGAUAUCGCUGCCGCAGCCGUACUCAUCAGUAUGGGUGCCCUGUUGGGUCGUACCACCCCCAUACAGCUGCUGGUUAUGGGCAUCCUGGAGAUCGCGAUCUUCGCGGGCAAUGAGUAUCUGCAGCUGGAGCUAGUGAAGGCGACCGACGUCGGUGGUUCAAUAACGGUGCACGCGUUCGGGGCUUACUUUGGCCUUGCCGUAAGCUUUAUGCUGCGUCCAAAGAAGGAACUUGCCAAGGCAGGCCCACUGGAGGGUUCGUCCUACAACUCGGACAUUAGUGCCAUGAUCGGAACGAUCUUUUUGUGGAUCUUCUGGCCCAGCUUCAAUUCGGCGCUGGUGGAUGGAGCUGAUCAGGAGCGUGCUAUUAUCAACACGUAUCUCUCGCUUGCCGGUGCUACGGUCACCACAUUCGUACUGUCGGCGCUGGUAUCUCACGAGCAUAAGCUGGAUAUGGUGCAUGUACAAAAUUCUACCCUAGCUGGAGGUGUUGCCGUAGGAUCAAUCUGCAACCUGCUGAUCCACCCAUUCGGUGCACUGAUCGUCGGUGUUAUUGCAGGGGUCAUAUCCGUGCUGGGAUAUCGGUACCUCACGCCCGCCAUACUAUCAAACCUGCGUAUUGCGGACACCUGUGGCGUACACAACCUGCACGGUAUGCCCGCAGUACUGUCGGCCAUUUUCUCUGCCAUUUAUGCCACGUUUGCCAGUUCUGAAACAUACGGCAGCUCGUUGGCAACAAUUUUCCCCGCCAUGCAGAAUCCGAACGCCACCAGCCACACGGGAGCUGAAAUGGAACCGCUCGAAUACGUCAUUGGUGGUUACGGUCGGUCCGGAGCUAAGCAGGGUGCCUUCCAGCUGAUGGCAAUUGGGUUGACGAUGGCAAUCGCCAUAGCCGGUGGUUUACUAACGGGAUUGAUACUCAAGUCACCGUCAGUUCGUCAGUUGGAAGAACAUGAACUACACAAGGAUGAUGCUUUCUGGGAAACGCCAUCGGAGGAAUCGAAGAAUACUGCAGAAACAAACGAAUCCACGCAUCAGUAG